AUGAAUGAAACAACAGACAAACGGGCAGAAGACGGGUUUCUUGACUUCGUUGUCAAUAUGUGCAAACUGAAAUGUGUAGCCAGAUCCUCAUGUGUAAACGUUGGCUACCAAAGUCUUUCCCUUGUGUGUUACACGUUGAAGAAGCAGCUGGACGAGACAGCAGAAUGUGGACGAUUCACUUUGAUACCAAAGCGCAACACAAAUGUCCGAGCUGGGUCCUGCGCAUUCAGGACUUGCCAAGGUAGCAGAUGCCUGCAGACUGGUCCUGGAAAAGCUGCCUGUGUUAAAGAUGCUCAUGAUCAAGCACAAAAUCAGACCAUUGUCAACAUUACUCUCAUUGAUGCUUGCUUGCAUGGAGACCUGCGUCAAGUCAAGUACAUAUUGUCUCAAGGUCGUGCGAACAUCAAUACACGAGGGCAGAAUGGCACGACCCCGGUGAUGAUAGCAGCAGUGAAAGGACAUAGAGAAAUGUUUGAAUUACUUGUGAAGAAAGGUUCAGAUCUGUCUCUGUUGGAUGAUGAUGAUAACAAUAUCCUACAUUUGGCCUGUAGAGAGGGAAACGUGGAGAUAGUAAAGUACAUCCACUCACAGAAAAUCAUUGACAUUGAAAGUAGAGGAGCCUUCGAGGAAACGCCUUUGAUGUUUGCAGCAGAGUUUGGAAAGGGAGAAGUGUUUUCAUAUCUUAUGGAAGUAGGAGCUAAUAUAUAUAAAGUGGAUAGGGACAGUGAAAACAUCCUUCAUCUGUCCUGUAAAGGAGGAAAUGUAGAGAUAGUGGAUUAUGUCCUCAAACAAAAUGUUAUAGACUUAAACAGUAGAGAAAAGAAAGGGAUGACACCAUUGUUACUCUCAGCAUAUUUUGGGGAAAGAGAUGUGUUUGACUUACUAAUAGGAAGAGGAGCUGAUACAUCCAGUGUAAAUGAUUUUGGUGAGAACAUCCUUCAUUUUUCCUGUCGAGGAGGAAAUGUGGAUAUAGUGAAGUAUGUGCUCAAGCAAAACGUUGUAGACAUUGAAAGUAGAGAUAACGUAGGGAUGACACCAGUGUUGCUAGCAGCGUUUUGGGGGAAAAGAGAUGCGUUUGACUUAUUGAUAGGGAGAGGAGCUGAUCCAACAGUUGUGGAUGAAAACGGUGACAACAUCCUUCAUCAUUCCUGUCGAGGGGGAAAUGUCGACAUAGUGAAAUCUGUCCUCAAACAAAACGUUGUAGACAUAAACAGUAGAGGCAAUGGAGGCAUGACACCAGUGUUGAUGGCAGCGGUUUUCGCGAAAAGAGAUGUGUUUGACUUACUGAUAGGGAGAGGAGCCGAUACAACAGGAGUGGAUGAAGACGGUGAAAACAUCCUUCAUCUGUCCUGUAAAGGAGGAAAUUUAGAGAUAGUGAAAUAUAUCCUCAAACAAGACAUUGUGGACAUAAACAGUGACAGGACCGACGGGAUGACGCCAUUGUUACUCUCAGCAUAUUUGGGGGAAAGAGAUGUGUUUGACUUACUAAUUGGAAGAGGAGCUGAUAUAUCCAGUGUAAAUGAUUUUGGUGAGAACAUCCUUCAUUUUUCCUGUCGAGGAGAAAAUGUGGAUAUAGUGAAAUAUGUGCUCAAGCAAAACGUUGUAGACAUUAACAGUAGAGAUAACGAAGGGAUGACACCAGUAUUGCUAGCAGCGUUUUGGGGGGAAAGAGAUGCGUUUGACUUACUGAUAGGGAGAGGAGCCGAUACAACAGUAGUGAAUGAAAACGGUGACAACAUCCUUCAUCUGUCCUGUAAAGGAGGAAAUUUAGAGAUAGUGAAAUAUGUCCUCAAACAAGACAUUGUGGACAUUGAAAGUAGAGAUAACGAAGGGAUGACACCAGUGUUGCUAGCAGCGUUUUGGGGGGAAAGAGAUGCGUUUGACUUUCUGAUAGGGAGAGGAGCUGAUACGUCCAGAGUAGAUGAUCAUGGUGACAACAUCCUUCAUCUUUCCUGUCGAGGAGGAAAUGUGGAUAUAGUGAAAUAUGUCCUCAGACAAAAAAUUGUGGACAUUAACAUUGAAGGGAGGGAUGGGAAGACACCAGUAAUGCUGGCAGCAACAAAUGAGAAACAAGACGUGUUUAACCUGCUUUUGAGCGAAGGAGCUGAUGUUUCAAAAUUAGAUGGUAAUGAAAACGGUUUCUAG